AUGGCGGCCACGCGUGCACAGCCCUGUACCCGUGAGAUUUUCACGACGCUGGAGUACGGACCGGUGCCGGAGAGCCACGCAUGCGCACUGUACACACGGCUACCUCCCCGAGAAGCUUGGAUUCCAGAAGUCAGUCCUGGAUGCGUGGAAGACAGGGCCUGGCUGGACACCCACAACCGCCUCUUGGGCCACUAUGUCAAUGGAAUGUGGCUGAAGCCAGAACACAGGAGUCCAGUGCCUUGCCAGGAUCCCAUCACAGGAGACAACCUGGCCAGCUGCCUGCGAGCAGAGGCUGAGGACAUUGCAGCGGCUGUAGAGGCUGCAAGGAAAGCAUUCGAGACCUGGAGUCAACUCCCCGGAGCUGCUCGCGGCCAACACCUCAGCCGCCUAGCCAAGGUCAUUCAGAAGCACCAGCAGCUGCUGUGGACCCUGGAGUCCCUGGUCACUGGACGGGCUGUCCGAGAAGUUCGAGAUGGGGAUGUGCCACUGGCCCAGCAACUGCUCCAGUACCAUGCGCUCCAGGCGCAUGCCCAGGAUAACGCGUCGGCAGACUGGGAGCCCAUGGGAGUCAUUGGCCUCAUCGUGCCGACCUCUUUCUCUUUCUUGGACAUGAUGUGGAGGGUCUGCCCUGCCCUGGCUAUGGGCUGCACUGUGGUGGCCCUCGUGCCCCCAGCCUUCCCAGCACCUCUCCUCCUGGCUCAGCUGGUGGGGGAGCUCGGCUCUUUCCCAGGGAUCCUCAAUGUGCUAUGUGGCCCUGCCUCGCUGGGGCCCGUCCUGGCCUCCCAACCUGGAGUCCAGAAGGUGGCUUUCUGUGGAGCUGUGGAGGAAGGGCGUGUUCUGCGACGGACCCUAGCAGGCAGGGGACCCGAGCUGGGCCUGGCCCUGGGCACGGAGUCACUGCUGCUGCUGCUGGACUCAGCAGAUGUGGACUCGGCCGUGGAGGGUGUUGUAGAUGCCGUCUGGUCAGACCGCAGCCAGGGGGGGCUCAGGCUGUUCGUCCAGGAGUCUGUAUGGGAUGAAGCUAUGAGGCGACUCCAGGCCAGGAUGGCGCAGAUACGGAGCGGGCGAGGACUGGACGGGGCUGUGGACAUGGGGGCGCGAGGAGCCACUGCCCGAGAUCUGGCCCAGAGCUUUGUGGAUGAGGCCCAAAGCCAGGGGGGACAGGUCUUCCGAGCUGGGGCUGUGCCCUGCAGUGGCCCAUUCUUCUCUCCAGCCUUGGUUUCUGGCUUGCCUCCAGCAGCCCCGUGUGCCCAGGUCGAGGUGCCGUGGCCCGUGGUGGUGGCUUUUCCUUUCCGCACAGUCAAGGAGGCUCUAGCCCUGGCCAAUGGGACGCCCCGGGGAGGCAGCGCCAGUGUGUGGAGUGAGAGGCUAGGGCAGGCCCUGGAGCUGGGCUAUGGGCUCCAGGCGGGCACAGUGUGGAUCAAUGCUCACGGCCUCCGAGACCCUGCGGUGCCUACAGGUGGCUGCAAGGAGAAUGGGUCUUCCUGGCAUGGAGGCCCAGAUGGCCUGUAUGAGUACCUGCAGCCCUUGGGGACACCUUCCCGGGAGUCCUUCCUUAGUGAGAGUCUCAACUACGACACAUUUGGCCUUGCUGCGUCCCCCAGCCUGCCGUUGGGGCCACAGACAGGGCUUAGCCCAGCACCUCCCUAUGGGUUGUUUGUCGGGGGCCGUUUCCAGUCUCCUGGGACCCAGAGCUCCAGGCCCAUCCAGGAUUCUGCGGGCAAAGUCUCCAGCUAUGUGGCUGAGGGUGGAGCCAAGGAUAUCCGAGGUGCGGUAGAGGCUGCUCAUCAGGCUGCCCCUGGCUGGGGAGCCCAGUCUCCAAGGGCCCGAGCAGGCCUGCUGUGGGCCCUGGCGGCUGCUCUGGAACGUAAGAAAUCAAUGCUGGCCUCACAACUAGAGAGGCACGGAGCAGUGCCUGCGGUUGCCAAGACCGAAGUAGAACUGAGUGUGAGGCGGCUCCAGAAAUGGGGCACCCAGGUUCAGGACCAAGGCCAGACACUACAGGUAACAGGACUGAGAGGCCCUGUGCUCCGACUUCGAGAGCCACUGGGAGUGCUGGCCGUGGUGUGCCCAGACGAGUGGCCCCUGCUGGCUUUUGUGUCACUACUGGCCCCUGCACUGGCCCAUGGCAACGCCGUGGUCUUCGUACCCAGUGGGGCAUGUCCUCUGCUGGCCUUGGAGGUCUGUCAGGACAUAGCUACUAUGUUUCCUGCUGGCCUGGUGAGUGUCCUGACAGGUGAUCGGGACCACCUGACGCGCUGUCUGGCCUUACAUCAGGACGUCCAGGCCCUGUGGUACUUCGGCUCUGCCCAGGGCUCCCAGUUUGUGGAAUGGGCCUCUGCAGGAAACCUCAAGUCUGUGUGGGUAAACAGGGGCUUCCCAAGGGCCUGGGAUGUGGAGGUCCAGGGGGCAGGACAGGAGCUGAGUCUCCGUGCGGCACGAACAAAGGCCCUGUGGCUGCCAAUGGGGGACUGACACCGAAGCCACCCACUCCAGCCUUCAUGCUCAGGAGCGCCAAGUGCUUGGAACUUUUCUCUCAGAUUUCCCAUGGCUUCUAAUAAACUGCGUGUCUUUGACUGUG